UAUGCUAAGAUUUUAAUGCACAAUCAACCCCCAGACCCAGAAUUACAUAAUCAAAUUUGGGAAAUUUUUCACAAAUAUGAGAGUUGUAUUGAUGUUGAGAUACAGCAAAGAGCUGUUGAAUAUUUUGCAUUGAGUAGGAAAGGUGCAGAUUUAGUGGAUAUAUUGGCUGAAAUGCCUAAAUUCCCCGAGCGCCAGUCUGCAUUGAUUAGAAAAGCUGAAGAUACUAAAGCUGAUACUGCGGAGCAAAGUGCUACUAAGUUGCGGUCACUGCAUCAAACUUCUAAUGCAUUGGUAGUGACUGACCAACGCCCUGCCAAUGGAAUGCCACCUGUGAACCAGCUUGGUCUGGUGAAAGUGCCCGACAUGAGCAAUGUGGAUCAUAACUCAGCAGAUCGAGGGGUGACUGAGGCGAAUGGGACUCUGACUAUGGUGGAUCCACAACCGCUUGACCCUUCAGCUGACCCUUCAACCUUGAACAUGCUAUGUGUCAGAGUGAAAUGA